UUUUUUAAUUAUAAUUUUUAAAUAGAAGAGUUCAAAUGCAGAAGGAGACAUAUCCAUCCAUCCGUUUUCUGAGUCGCUUAUCCUCACGACGGUCAUGGGUGUGCUGGAGCCUAUCCCAGGUGUCAACGGGCAGGAGGCGGGGUACACCCUGAACUGGUCGCCAGCCAAUCGCAGGGCACAUGGAGACAAACAGCUGCACUCACAAUCACACCUAGGCGCAAUUUAGAUUGUCCAAGUAAUGUUGCGUUUUGGGGGUGUGGGAGAAAACUGGCGUGCACAGAGAAAACCCACGCAAGCACGGGGAGAACAUGCAAAGGCCACACAGGCGGGGUCGGGAUUGAACCUGGGACGUAAGAACUGUGAGGCCAACGCUUUCCAGCUGAGCCACUUUAGCAGCAAAAGCAUCCAAAUAUUGAGCUGUCAGUAUGAGGCAUUAAUAACGCACAUUGCUGGUUUCAUAUAAUAAUUCAAUACAGAUAAUGUCAAUCAGAGGGAGAGAGUUAUCUUAUCGGAUUGUGCUGGCAUUCCUUGCGUCUAAUUGUUUGUUUCGAGGUGGAUGGAAGUCAUCAAUCUAUUUGGAAAUCCUUGAAAGAGAAAAUAAAUCCAUUCCUGAGCCAAGCAGUCGUCAUCCAAACAAAAACUUUUUUGAUGUUAUUGCCCGAAGGCCUCCUUCCCUCCCGGGGUGCCACCGACUCCGAUUUCCGUCCCUCGUCCGCGAGUAUUUAUGGAAUCCCGUCUGCGCGGGUUUCCUUCCUUCCGCGCUGUCACCGCGGCCGUCAGCCGUGUCGUGCGCCGCUAACGCCGCGUGACGUAGCCUUGAUUAGCUCGUCUCUAGCGUCUCAAGUGUGCGGGUUGGAAGGAGGGUGACUGGGAUGGAUGCGGAUUCAGAGAUUUUGUUUGCAAACACUGUCCGUACGUGAUGAGGGAACGGAUGAAAUCUUGCACAAGAACAGAACAGAACCCGAGUGCCGUGGUCUGCAUCGGCGAUUGCAAGAAUUCGGCCAGCUAGCCAAAAGCGCAUCUUCCCUUCAGAGAGUCUGCUGGCAUGGCUACUUCCGAGCGCCUCGUGGUUGGCUGUGCCCUUCGGCUCCGAGGCUCUGGGUUUGAAUCUCGGAGGCUGUAUGUUCCCCCUCUGUCAGUUCUUUUGCGAUGUUCCCGAUUAGCUUGUGGCAGAGAACCUGGUUUUCUUUUUCUCACGCUCGGGUUCUGCCAUUGAUUUAGUUCUCGUUUGACAAAUUUUCUUUGUUGACUGGGCUUCUUUUGACUAAUUUGGCUUUUGUGGUUGAGGGUUUUUGACAUUGUCCCUUUCAGGCGAUGAGCAACGAGUGACAAACCGUGCACCCAAACACACACACCGUCACUAAUAUUACGCCCUCGACGGUGAGUCAGAUGUGUUCCAAAUGCAAAUCGAAGGCUCUCGUCAGUCAUCUCUUGUUUGGAUCUUGUGCGUUUAAGUCCGGAACGGGAAAAGCGCGUAAGGAUGAUUGUUAACGGUCACGACUCAACGCCACGCUCAGCGUCGGUCCCGCUCUGAAGGGGCGCUUUGGCUCGCUGCCCAACCCGUUCAACAUCUGCUGUAUUGCUAAAGUUGGCUGGUGGGCAAUAGCCGACGCUAAUAGCACGACAUAUACUAGCAUUUUGGGUUUUACUGAGAUGAACCUGGUGAUCUAGAAAAUGUUGUUAGGAUGUCAGAAUCCUCAAUGAAAAGAUUUGGAAAUGUCGUUCUCUUUGGCAGGGACCACUUUCCUGUCGUCCUCGCUCCUCCAGACCUCCUCCAGAAGCAUGUGAUGACCCACACCAAGCUAAAGGGGUCCCGCCGGGACCGCCACCCUCUACGGCCGCAAGGCGGCGCUAUGGGCGGGGACCGGACAGAGCGUGCACUCCGCUUCGGCCGGACGAAGAAGAUCAACGUGGUCGUCCGACCGAGGAAAAAUGAAAAAGCAAUGAAGGACAAGAGGGGCAGUAAAGUGGAGGGAAAAAAGUGGGACAGGAAAUUGUAUCCUCUCCGAGGGAGGCUUGGAGAGGGCCUUAGCUGCCACGUCCUUCUCACGAGGUUGGAGGAAGGCAUCCGGAAAAAAACUGAAGCGAGAGCUCACAAAGACAAGUCCCGGAAAGAGAAGCAAGGCGAGGCCAAAUUAGCAUCGAAAGUCAAAUCAAUGCUUUUAAGCGCUCGGAUAUCGCAACCCCGGAAGCGACGCCUGGCCUCGCUCAACGCCGAGGCCGUCAAUAGUCUGCUGCUGGAAAGAACCACCGACCUCCAAGUGACGGGCAAGUUGGCCAAAAGACACCAUGAGGGACCCAUCAACGGAGGAGGCUCAAGGGAUGAAGCGGCGGGUCCCAAGGCCUCUCGAUGGACCGUCUCCAAACCGCCGCCGUCACGUAAACCUGACCAAAUCUCCAAAAAGGUCAAGAAAGCCAAGACCACCCGAGUAGUCGUGAAUCGGUGCUUGAGUUUGGAGAUUCUGGAUACGCCGACGCCAAGGCGACUGGCUGGACUCAACGCUGCGGCCUUGUUGAAGUUGACCAGCUCAUCUGCUGUGUCCAAGCAACGAGUCAAGACCGUACCUACCGCUACCGCCACGUCAAACUCCAAGAUCCAGACUCAAAAACUGCCCCCCAAAAUCAAACACAAAGAGGCUUUCCAAAAGCAAAAAGAGGCUCAGGUGAAGGCUUCCCUCAUGCACUGCAGCUGCACAGCCUGCAAGCAGAAGGCAGACUUUGAGCCCAAAGUGGAAUGGGAGUCCGGCACCCACGUUCUGGCCAAACCGGGCUACCAGUCCCGGAGCAUGUUGGGCUACUCCCUCAAGAAUGUGAAGGAAGAGCAGCUGGAAACCGAGCUGAGCCCCUGCUACUGCUGCCCCCCUGAGGGCUCUGUGGAGUACUGCCACCGUUUGGCCUUCUUCCUGAGCCACCCCGAGUCGGGCGACCGCGACUCCCUGGGCUCGGGCGCUACCCCUGUCAAACACGAGUGCCUGGUGACCACGCAGUCUCUGACGCACCCCCACCCGACACUUACCCUCAGCCCCCAUCCUUGCCUGUGCUACUACGUCCACAUCGCCCCGCACCCGCCCCACACGGCAACGUCGGCAACACUCGCCCCACGGCCUCUGAACUUUACACCACCCACCUUGUGUCCCAACCGGACAAUGAGCUCCAAACCGCCUCCCGCCCCCCGUGUCACCCACACCUCGGGUGUCCCUCACCCGGCCUGCUGCAACUCGGUGUCGUCACCGUGUUAUGGGGACGCCUGCGGGAUGGGCGGAUACACCUGCAGAGCCAUACCCCCCGUCACCAGCAGGGGGUGCUCUUUCAGCACGGGGUGCACCGGAUGUUCGCAUGGCAUCAAAACAGAGACGUACUCCUCUCCUCAGGGUGACCACAGCCCCUCCAUUCUGGCGCCACCGUCCUUGCCUCUCUCCAGCUGCCCUUUAUCCAGCGUGCCCACUUCCACCCCGACUACUAACCCCCACCUGCUCACCGCACUGUCAGGCCGCCAGCGGCACCAGCAGCAACGACCGCUGCCCCGGGCCCGGUUAAAAGUCGCCGCCGACCGCCCGUGCGGCGAGUCCCACGGAGACCAAAACUCCGGGCCUCGGUCACCUCAGCAAAAGAGAAUCGUCCGCAGACGUGCCACCAAUGGAUGGCGGCCGGUGGGGGAUCCCAAGGAAAAAGAGGUUUUCAUCGCGGGGGAAGACGAGACGGCACCCAGGCAGUGCUACGAGGGCGUGGAGAGGGGCGGCGAGGUGAUCCGCGUUCGGGACACGGUGCUGCUGCGCUCGGGCCCCAGGAAGAAGUCCCUGCCUUACGUGGCCAAGAUAUCAGCGCUGUGGGAGGAUCCCAAAACCGGAGAGCUGAUGAUGAGUCUUUUCUGGUACUACCGACCGGAGCACACGCAGGGAGGCCGAGACCCGAGCGCACACUGCGAGAACGAGAUCUUUGCCUCUCGACAUCAGGAUGAGAACAGCGUGGCGUGCAUUGAAGACCGCUGCUACGUUCUCCCGCUAGCCCAGUACUGUAGAUAUUGUGCCUUGAUGAAGCGUCGUUCCGAAGGUGCCCUACCCGACGGCGGCGUGGUGCCCUGCUGUCCGGACUUUGCCCCGCCCUCCCACCGCUGUGUGCCCACAGACGUAGACCCCGAGCUGGUCUACCUCUGCCGCCACGUCUACGACUUCCGCUACGGACGCAUCCUGAAGAACCUGCAGUAAAAGUCGGGCGCGGCGCCGCUGUCAUUACUGGGCAUGGGCUGGUAUCGUUAUGAUGACCAUCAGCAAAAAAGUUGUGGUCCUGUAGUUUUGCACCAGAUGUAUCAUUUUGGAAACAUUUGAGUCGAUAACGUUUUGCAAUUCAACGAGGUCAAUCGUAGGCGCGCUAAUUCUCGGAGCAGAUUGCAAGAAUUCAUUUCAAGACAGUUGUCGUAGCCAGGCAAUCGCAUUGUUCAGUCGACAUCUAGUUCCAGGAAGGCCGCCACUUCCUUCGGGCGUUUCCACUGAGCCAUUACGGCUGCGCAGUUGAAGAUGUUCUGGGUGUUCGCAUAUUGGACAGGGGUUGACGAUAUGCGAGUAUGCGGCUUUGUGAUAGUUUGGAUCUUGCGGCCCGCGGAAGAUCGAUUUCAGUUUUGUCCACCUCAGGGGUAGGGUAGCCACCAAGGAUGACUACCGGUUUGUAGCUGGUCACUGCGUCUUCAACCGCCGUUCGAUGGAGCCUACGUAGCCCGUCUCGGUAGGCUUGUUCGUCGAACACCGUGUCGGUGGGGAUGUCUUCACGGUAUUUACGGACGUCAUGGUGAAGUAAACGCAGAGGCAGUUCGUUUGACACCUACAGGCGCAGGAAGGUGGCAGCGUAGCAGAUACUGCCGGGCGAGUAGUCCGAUGUGUUGCUUCACCGGUAGGAUUUUGAUCUCACGAUGCAGGUGGUCCUCGUUAGCUAUGGCCAGGCAGCCGGUGUAUUAAUAUAUCAGCGUUAGUGUGAAUUUUGACAGCGUAAUGGAUGGUGCUCUCGAAAAUGUGAUACCAGAUUGCAAAUAUCGCCUUCAACUUUUCAUCAGCACGCUUUGCAGACUAAACUGCAGUACCUCUACCUAGCUUCUUUUGACAGCUCGGAAAAGUUGUUGGGCUAACGGUCCAAACCACGGGAGCGAGGAAAAAAUCGUGUCACUUUGCCGGCACCGAGGACUCAAAAUUAAAAAAACAAAAAACGGCUCAAACUGCUGAUGGAAAGAGUACGUAAUCUUGAAUUCUUUACAAACCGUGGUGUACCUUAAACCGGGUAACCGGCCCAUGCCAAGUAUUUACAACAUAACGGCGACAAAAACGUUGAAUGACAGCGCCGGCGUCGUGUAUGGCGGUGACAUUGCGGUAACGUUACCGAUGUUGGUGACGUUGUAACGUCGUACCGGUGGCGACAUGUCGCAACAGCAACGAGAUUUGUGGCAGGUAGCAAGUGGCCCACAAGUGAUGUUUAUUUUAUUCACCUUGACCCCCCCCAAAAGGAUGAUGAUGUGUGGAAAAAGCAAAGCACAGAGCUCUUUAGCUAGCUGAAGAGGUCACAGUCAUAUCGUUGUACGACGUCUCGGUCAGCUCGCUCGUACUUCCUACUUCCAUCGAAUCAGACUUUUCCGCUUCAACCGAUCCCCCCGCCACGGCCCCCGCCCCCACCCUUGCCUGCCAGGCAUGCUGAGCACCAAGCCGAUUUGGGCGACUGUCUAUCGCAUG